AUGCCAAAUCCAUCAUCUACGCAACGACACAUAGCACCUGAUGGAGGAUGGGGAUGGGUUGUCGUCCUUGGCGCUUUUCUAAUCCACGUGAUCUCUGAUGGUUUUAUUGAUUCACUGGGAAUUGUUAUGGAUCGUUUGAAAGAGGAAUUCCAUGCCGACAACGCUAGCGCGGCACUCGUUUUCUCGGUGCUGAACGCUGUUUAUAUGGCUUCCGGCGUCGUUGCGACAGCGAUCGCUGAUCGAAUCGGCCGUCAGCUGACGUGUGCAAUUGGAUGUUUAUUUUCGGCUCUUGGUUGUCUCCUCUCAAUUUGGGCCUCAUCAAUGCUUCUAGUCGGUGUAACAAUUGGAGUGAUUCUGGGAAUCGGCUCCGGUUUGAUGUACUCCUCAGCGAUCGUCUGUAUGACUACGUAUUUUGAUAAAAAACGAUCUCUGGCUACGGGAAUCACCGUUUGUGGCGCAGGUGUUGGCGCUUUUCUCUUCUCACCGAUCAAUGCAUUGGUCAUCGAUCAUUUUGGAUAUAAAGGAGUAUUUAUUUUAUUUACAGGUCUCUUCGUCUUUUGUCUCCUUUUUGCUGCCACUUUCAAGCCGAUUCCCAAGCAAAUGUCUCAAGAAGUUGAAGAUCGGACUCUUCUUUCGGAAAAGUCAUCAGCUGCCUUCACUAUGAAAGAAAUAGAAGAAAAAGAGGAUGGAUUGAAUCACUGGCUUAGAAAGACAAUCUCUUUGCUGAAAGACCCGGUUCUACUCGUUUUCGGUUUUUCAUGCAUGGUGACAUCUGUUGGAACAACUGGACCAAUCUAUUUUCUUCCUUUUUAUGCAACAAAUACUUUGGGAUUAACGAGAGAUCAAUCUUCAGUGCCAAUAUCAAUUUAUGGCCUUAGCAACACUCUGGGUCGUCUCGUUUGCGGUUUCAUCAGUGAUCGCCGAAUCCCAUUGCCGAAAAAAGCCGGCGACGACAAAGCGAGGAAUCGUCGCUGCAUUUUGGGUGGAUCUCUAUUGCUCUGCGGUCUCUUUUGUUGUUUAUCGUUUCUGUUAAGCGACUUUCUCAGUGUCUGCCUCUAUGCUGGACUAUUUGGAUACUUCUCAGCCGCCUCAAUCUGUUUAUUGUCGGUGGUUUUGGUGGAUUUAGUCGGAAUCGAGAAAUUGACGAACUCUUUUGGAAUCAUUUUAACGUUUAAAGCAAUCGGAACAAUGAUCGGUCCAUCAAUCGCUGGCUGGUUGGCUGACUAUUUUGGGUCCUAUCAUCCAAGUUAUAUUUUCUCAGGCCUUAUCAACACUCUGGGCCGUCUCGUUUGCGGUUUCAUCAGUGAUCGCCGAAUCCCAUUGCCGAAAAAAGCCGGCGACAACAAAGCGAGGAAUCGACGCUACAUUUUGCUCUGCGGUCUCUUUUGUUGUUUAUCGUUUCUGUUAAACGACUUUCUCAGUGUCUGCCUCUAUGCUGGACUGUUUGGAUAUUUCUCAGCCGCCUCAAUUUGUUUGAUGUCGGUCGUUUUGGUGGAUUUGGUCGGAAUCGAGAAAUUGACGAACUCUUUUGGAAUCAUUUUAACGUUUAAAGCAAUCGGAACAAUGAUCGGUCCAUCAAUCGCUGGCUGGUAUAUC